AUGUCCACUCAAAGCCAAGUCCCCGCCCAUAGCAAGGGUUCUUGGACAAGUUUCCUUAAGUCGAUCGCCUCGUUCAACGGUGAUCUAUCUUCCUUGACUGCUCCACCAUUCAUUCUUUCUACUACUUCCCUUACCGAAUACUCGGCCUAUUGGGCCGAACACCCUGCUGUCUUCGUUGCGCCAGCCAAGGAGGCUGAUCCCGCGAAGCGUGCCCUUUUGGUUCUCAAGUGGUUCCUCAGCACACUUCACCAGCAAUACUGCAGUCGUAGCGAGAAGCUCGGCAGUGAAAAGAAGCCUCUUAAUCCGUUCCUGGGAGAGCUGUUUAUUGGAAAAUGGGAGGGUGACGCGGAGGUGGGAGAGACCACUUUGGUCAGUGAGCAAGUCAGCCACCACCCUCCGGCUACUGCAUACGCGAUCCGCAAUGAGAAGAACGGCGUCGAGCUGCAAGGUUACAACGCGCAGAAAGCCUCUUUCUCAAGCACCAUUCUCGUGAAGCAAAUCGGCCAUGCUCUGUACACACUCACCCCACCCGGAUCCGACGAGAAGGAGCAGUACCUGAUCACGCUACCCAACCUCCACAUCGAGUCCUUAAUUUAUGGCUCGCCCUUCGUCGAACUGGAGAAGUCGACCAAGAUCGUCAGCAGCAGCGGCUACGUCGCCAAGAUCGACUACUCCGGCAAGGGCUGGUUGAGCGGCAAGAAGAACACCUUCACCGCAAGCCUGUACAAGGAAAGCGAAGGCGAGAAGAAGCCCCUGUACACGAUCGACGGCCAGUGGUCCGACAAGUUAACCAUCAAGGACGCCGCCACCAAGGAUGUCAUCGACAGCUGGUCCUCCAAGGAGAACGCAGUCACCCCGCUCACCCUGGCUCCUCUCGAGCAGCAGGAUCUGUGGGAGAGCCGCCGUGCCUGGAGCGACGUAGCCGCCAACAUCCAAAAGGGCGACAUGGACGCCGUGUCUGGGUUCAAGUCACGCAUUGAGAACGCGCAGCGCGACCUGCGCACCGCUGAGAAGAAAGAAGGCCGCGAGUGGGAGCGCCGGUUCUUCACUCGCACGGAGAGCGAGGACUGCGCCCAGACUCUGGGUCUGGCUAAGUCGGCCGAUCUUGCUUUCGAGGCUGAGAAGACCGGCGGCAUCUGGCGCUUCGAUGCUCAGAAGGCUGCUGGUGCGCAGCCGCCUUACCACAAGGUUGGCGGCGAGGGACUCGGUCUUACUGAGUAG